AUGGCACCCGACGACCCCGCGUCCGACCUCGACCGAGGGAAACAAAAGCUCGACGCCUUCAGACGGGCAAAGGCGAAGAAAUCAGACGCGUUGAAGAAGAAGACGACGGAAGACGAUGCAUCAUCAACAGACGCGCGGCGCUCCGACGCGACGACGCCGCCCGACGCCGCGGACGACGAGGUGGCGACGCUGCGCGCCAAGCUCGUCAAGGCGGUGAAGAAAGGGAAGUCCAUCGAACAGGAGCUCACGAGCGCGAAGGCGUCGCUGGAGGAGUUGACGAAGGAGAACGCGCGUUUGCGCUCCACGGCGGAUGAGAGAGGGGAAAGAGACGCGGGGGCGAAGGCGGAGAUGAAAGAGAUCGGUGAGCGGCUCGAGGCGGCGGAGAGAGAGGCGUCGAUGGCGAAGACGAAAAUUGCGGAGAUGGAGCGAGAGAGGGCGGCGUUUGAGACGCGCGCUGGGGCGAUGGAUGGGGAGGUGCGAGCGUUGGAGGCGAAGGCGAAGGAGUCAUCGAAGGAGCUGUCCGACGCGCGCGAGGCGCUUCGAGAGGCGGAGACGCGGGCGAACGAAAGUAUGCGCGAUGCGGUGGAGUCCAAAGAGCGCGCGGCGAGGGAGGCCGAAGCUGUGACGAAGCUUCGCGAGGCAUUGGACGAUGCGAGGGCGAAGACGGAGGCGGCUGAACGGGAAACGGAAUCGUUCCGACGCUCAGCGGAGCGGACGUCUUCGGGCGCGGAAUCGCGCGUGAUGGAGCUCAGUGCCGAAAUGGAGGCGAAAACAGCGAAACUUCAGAGUUUAGAGGCGGAGUUGCUGUCGAUAUCGAGCGCAGCGGAGGAAGAGAAGGCGACACUCGCGACGGAGAACGUUCGAUUGAUGAACAAAUUGGACGAGUGUCGCCUCGCAAUGGAAGAGGUAGAAAGCGAGAAGGAGGUAUUUGCCAGCGAAUGCGAACGAGCGCUACGCGAGAGUGAAGAGCAUCAGCGCACUGUCGCUCAACUCCGCCAAAAGCUGCAAGAGGCUGAAAGUUUAGCAGAGUCGAACGCAAAUGAGCUUAAUUCUCUGAAGCUUUCGAGCGAGACAAACAUUGCUGUCGCUCAGGCAGAGAAACGCGCUCAAGAGGCGGAGGAGGCGUUGUCCAUGGCGCAAGACGACACGAAUCGCAUAAAGUCCACGUCAGAGUCGCAGUUGAACGAGAUGCGAGCGAAACUCGCGAGUGUCGAGUCUGCGCUCAAAGCCGAGCGCUCCAAAUCGCCACCUCAACCGAACAACUCGGACGAGAUGAUGGGCCUGCGGCAACAACUGGAUACCGCAAACAGACAAAUUGAACAGUUACAAAGUUUGCUCUCAGACGCACGAGCGAGCAAAACGGCGUCCGCUUCGUUCACGAACAAGAAGAACGAGGAUUUCGCGGAGACGGAUAUCGAGGGAGCCGUAUUAACGGGUGGAUCGUACGCUUUCGUGCCGCUUCAAGGUCACCUGAAGUCCGCAACGAAUACGCCGGCACUGCAGCAUCCAAUUGCACUGCAGAUCGCUGCCAACUUUGAUAGGGCAUCGGUGUACUUGCAACGACGCCCUUUCGUCCGCGUGGCUCUGUCUUUCUAUCUGAUUCUUCUUCAUCUCUACAUGCUGGUGUGA